ACGCUACACAGACUGAGACAGUGUUGAGCUCUCGAGAUAUAGAGCUCCGCCCGCCCUUUUCCGUUUCCCUCUCUUUGAAAUCAAAACCUUCCAUCAGAGAGCCCCUUUUUUUGUCCGUCUUCCCUUUCUCCGUUCUGUUCAAAUUCUCUCUCUCGCUUUUUCUUUAUUUCGCUUUUAACUUGUAGCAUAAUCUUGGUUAGAAAGGAAAAAAGCUUCGCUCAAAUGUCGAAUUUCUUGACAGCGACGACGCUCGGAAAUCCAAAUCCAAACAAGUCUUUCGAGGUUUCCGAACCUCCUAAUGACUCUGUUUCAAGCCUCAGUUUCAGUCCUAAGGCUAAUUUUCUCGUGGCAACUUCUUGGGAUAGCCAGGUGAGAUGUUGGGAAAUAAUGCGAAAUGGAGUAAAUGUUGCCAGCAUGCCUAAGGCAUCAAUAAUGCAUGACCAGCCGGUUUUAUGCUCAACUUGGAAAGAUGAUGGAAUGACUGUGUUUUCUGGUGGAUGUGACAAGCAAGUGAAAAUGUGGCCAUUGAUGUCUGGUGGGCAACCAAUGACUGUGGCCGUGCAUGAUGCACCCAUCAGUGAAAUGGCUUGGAUCCCUGAGAUGAGCCUAUUAGUCACAGGAAGCUGGGACAAAACGUUGAAGUAUUGGGAUACAAGGCAGUCAAAUCCGGUACAUGUUCAACAACUCCCUGAGCGCUGCUAUGCACUUACAGUGAAACAUCCUCUGAUGGUUGUUGGUACUGCAGAUAGAAACUUGAUUGUCUUCAACUUGCAGAACCCACAGACUGAGUACAAGAGAAUUGUUUCGCCCUUGAAAUAUCAAACAAGGUGUGUUGCUGCCUUCCCAGAUCUCCAAGGCUUCUUGGUUGGAUCAAUAGAAGGACGGGUUGGUGUGCAUCAUUUGGAUGAUCAGCAACAAAGCAAAAAUUUUACUUUUAAAUGCCAUAGAGAGGGCAGUGAGACAUACUCAGUCAACUCUCUAAAUUUCCAUCCUGUGCAUCACACUUUUGCAACUGCUGGUUCUGACGGAGCUUUCAAUUUCUGGGACAAGGAUAGCAAACAGAGACUGAAGGCCAUGUCCAGGUGUAGUCAGCCAAUUCCUUGCAGCACUUUCAACAGUGAUGGCUCCAUAUUUGCGUACUCGGUGUGCUAUGACUGGAGUAAGGGUGCAGAGAAUCAUAAUCCUGCAACAGCAAAGACAUACAUUUUCCUCCAUCUGCCACAGGAAUCUGAGGUUAAAAGCAAGCCUCGGGUCGGGACUAGCGGUAGAAAGUGAAGCUGAAGAAAACAGCCAUUCAAAGUUGUUUUGCCUGUACAUAAAACAUUAAUUACUGUUAUCCACACUAGUAAAGGUAAGAAAUUAGGAUAGAUCCUUGUUGCCAGCAUAGAGCUUAGUUAAGGAAAAGACGGGAUUCGUUCUAGGUAGAUCUUUGAAUCGCGUAUUUGAUCCGCAUGAACUGAGUUGUAGAUCCCUGUGCAGAUAAGGUGCUACAUACUUCAUACUUUUCCCCCGGUAUUUCACCGGCAGUUAACCAGAUGCCAUCUGCCCAGAUGUUGAAAAUAUUAUAUUAAAAUCUUUUGAGAACUUGGGAGAUCCAAAUUCAACUGUUAGAUGAGGUCAAGGUAGGAGUUGAGUUAAUAUAAUUAGUCAAAGUGUUCUCCGCGUAGGGUCUUGUUCUUACCCCCAAACUAGAGAGUUAAAAAGAGAAAGAAAACCUGGCUAGUUAGGGGGUGUUGGUUGAUAUAACUCAAUUCAAUUCAAUCCAAUCCUAUCCCAUUGGGUCUCGCCAUAUUCGUUCAUGGUUUACGAUUUGGGAGUGCCUCUACUCUUGCAUCGACUUAUUUCUUCCUUGUAUUAUGAGUUGUGACUGAGUUAAAAACUCGUAUUGCUCUGGAGCAGCCUUGCAGUGCUGGCCAUCUGUUCGUAGGCCCUUUCCAUUUGGUGGUGGACAUGGUAAAAACCGAAUGUGGAGAGAUGACGUGCCAAAAUUUAGGUGUACUUAAUUUGGAUGAUCGAGAGCAAUAAAAUAACCGGUGAAAUGCUCCAUAUGGAAGGUGAGCGAGUGACAUUAUUCUCUAACAUGAUUGGCAGUUUAUCCAAUCGACGGUCCAGUUUCAAUCAGAAACUCGAGUGCAAGUCAACACUAAAAAGUAAUAAGUCUCAUGGUAUGUGAAGAGAGAUGUGGGGUCCUCUUCAGGAAAGUGAUAGAUAAAAAUAGAAAAUGGUUACGGGGUAAACGAUUUAUGUAUUUAUUCGUGUAACAGUCUUCACUAACGUUUUAGUACCUGAUAAUAACAAGGGUGCUUCUAUCGCCCUUCUUGGCGUGGUUCCUCUUUCUAGCACCUAAUGUUUCUUGGUUGCAGUUUCCCAACC